AUGGAGGAAAUAAAAAAUUUAAAAGAAGAAAUUACAGUAAGAAAACAGCAAAUAAAGGAUUUAGAAAAAAGUUAUUUAACUCAAGAUCAAUUUCAAGAGUUGGUCAACAUAGCAUUUUCACCAAAUACCUAUUCUAACUUUAUUAAUUUGAAAACCAAGAUUAAAUUGCUUAAAUUAAAGGAAUUUUUACCUUAUUAUGAAAAAGAGAAGGAAAAUUUUAUGAAGUUAGUGUCCAAGGCAAAAGAACAUGUAGGCAAAGAAUUAGAGAAGUUUUUGAAUCUUCUACUUGCCCAAAAUGAAAAGGUAGAAAAAAAUCAAGAUGAUGUUUCUUUUAAUAAAGGUCAAUUAAGUGCUUACAGGAUUAUUUUACAAGAAAAGAUACCAUAUAAUGAACUGGAAAUUCUUUUAAACAAACACAAAAAUAUUUUGAAAUUAGAAAGCCAAUUACACCUCUUAUGGGAUUCCUUUAUGUAG